AAUUUUGACAUUUCUGCAAUAAAAAAAAUUAGGUGUUUCCAGACUUUUGUAUCACUUUGUAGUUUUUUUAACAAGUUGUCAUAAUUAUAUAUAAAUGUUGCAGAAGAGAAAUUGAACCCAUUAUGUGGUGAUGAAAACCAUCAUAAAUAAUUCUCGCACCGGUGACCAGAUGUCGCGGAGUGCCACAAAAUUUUGGCAACUAUAUUUGGGAGGUAUGGGGGAUGAGAAGGAAGAAGCUGAUCCGAUUUCCGAAGAGGGGUGGAAGAUCGAUAUAGGAUAUUCGGUAGCCGCGGAUAAAAAUGAACAAAUCGCCCCUCACGAGAAACGAUUGUCAUUGCAGGAGAUCAUAGGAUCGGGGGACGGCCAACAAGAGGGGUGCGGUUAUAACGUCGACGACGGCCGCCCCCCUAAUCCGUUCCGCGUCCUAAUAAAUUGCGAAAUAAUCUUUUUACGCGUCCUCUUUUAGGGGCAUUUGCAUUUUUAAUUCGGCCGGUCGGCCUCAAGGGCAAUUUGAAUAAUUCUGCAGCCCCCGCCUCGACCGCCGAAGUCGUCCACUACCGCUGUACCUGAGGCGCGUUUUAUCGAAAAAAAUAAGACGAAAUCGAGCGUGGGACGUUUAAAUCACCUCUCAUUUGAAAUUUAAAUCACGUAUCAUUCGGCAUGUAAAAUAUAUAUGCAUCCGACAGGGUGAACGAUCGCAACGACUCCGCAAAACCGAUCAUUUUUUAAUUAACGCACCCUAUUACGUAUUAAGCGUUGCAAUUUGUAAAUUAUACCGCGGUCCCGAACACGUGAAUUAUUUGUUGUCCGCCGUUAUACGUCCAAUUCUGAUUUAUUACCACCAACAUUUCAAUUAUGAUUAACGUCCUUGUUUAAGGACUGAAAAACAACAAAAAACAAAUACCAUUACAAUUUAUUUCAUCUAUACUCGAUUUCAUUUUUUUUUGUCCACUUAAAAGAGAGCUAUGAAAACAGAAUUUUAUCGUGAAGAAAGGCCGAGCGGCUUUCCCCAAAUAUUUGUGCCACUGCUGCCGUCGCCGCCAGACGCCGUCGUAUUUGUCCAGUGAUAAACAAAGCGGCGGGACAUAGGUGUCCCUUCACGUUGCCGACGGUCAUUGACGUCCGUGGUGCGGGGAUCAGCCGCGUUGCCGCUUUAUUUUUGUAACAUUUGAACGUAUUACUAAAUUUAGGCGAAGUUUGAAGCAUAUCGCUCGUCCAGGUUAAGGAAUCGCGCGCGGUCCCAACUUUAAAUAACCUUUAUAGAGGGACCGCGGACGAGCAUCGUCGCGCCCCUUUUCUUCGAGAUCUCGGCGUUUUAUGCACUACUCCUCUUUCGAAAAUAAACCCGGACGAGCUCGUUGUCACAACAAAACAACACUGCCGGGUCCCGGCCGCUGUUCACGGCUACGCGGAGUUUACCUUACGUAACAUCACAAAAACACCAAGUUCAAUUUCCGCUCAACGAUCCCCGUCGACAUCUCACGUUUAUAAAACUACUUUAUGCAUAUACUUGACUUCCUUCACACCCAGACUUACGUCGCUGAAUCAUAACACACAAUCUGUAUAAAUUUUACUAAUUACGUGUUAUGAUCUGAUAAAUCUCUAUAUUUUCCUAACGACAUAAAUUGACGUCAAAAAGUUGAAAGAGCGGCAAGACCCUAAGGAGCUUUAAUUAAAGGUUAGAUUUCGAUCUGUUUGCGUCGAUUACAUAUUUGCCGAGUCCCCGUCAAUCAUCAAUCAUUCCGUGUUAUCGCCGCAGCAACUGCUACCGUUUCGUAUCGUCCUCCUUUUCCCUCAAAGCAGACGGUUAAUUCGUCCACAAAUAACGACGGCAAGUCGCCCGUAAGCACAAAGGGUUCCGGUACCCAAAGCCCAAUUGCGAUUAUUAAUGAGAAGAGGCACUUCGUCAGGCCGAGCGUGAAAUUUCCCAUCACCAGACGUGUGAACGAUAUUUUUCGGUUCGUUUGGUUUUUAUCCGCCAACUAUUCACUUGAUGCGUAAGACCAAUAAGCAUGACCAGGCGUUGUCAGAAGACCAAAUAUUGUUGGCAAAAGACUGGAUACUGCUAAUAGAUGAUUAGAUUCUGCUAAUGGAAGACUAGAAAUUGCUGAUAGAAUACUAAAUUUAUUCACAAAAGACUUCUUACUGUUGGCAGAAGACUAAACACUGCUAAUGGAACGCUAGGACCUCCUUGCAGAUGAUCAGACGCUGGUUCAAGACUAUACAUUGCUGGAAAACUGGAUACUGUUAAUAAAUGAUUAAAUUCUGUUAGUAGGAGACUAAAUACUGCUCACCGAAGACAAUAAAUUGGUGGAUUUGCAGUAGAUUAGACACCACUUAAGGCAGCUUAUAUUUGCCAAUAGAACUUUAAAAAACUUGAUAUUGUUCCAGAAAGCUAAAUAUUCUUUAGAUAGGAAGAUACUGCUGGUUGAAGACUAGAUACUGCCAACGUAAGACUAGAUCCUCCUUAUAGAAGCCUUGAAGCGGCUGCUAAUAUAAUACUAGAUCUACUUAAAAUACACUACUUAUUGCGUGAAGACGAAGCAGACAUUAUUAUAUUGUAAUUAAUUUACAAUUUAAUUAAUCAAUUUAUAUUCUUGACUCUAUAUUCUUAUUUAUUAGUAUUGAGUAGUGAAUAUUUAGAGUAGAACAAAUAUUUACUAAAAUCUAUAAGAACCGAAAACAAAUUUUAUGCAGACAAACCGAUGGGAAACAACUCGGGGCUGUGUCUGAAUUUAUUCAGGUGAGACAAUAGAUAGAGAGAUUGCUCAUUGUCUUCCCGAGGCGUCCCUCGAAUAAUUUUUACCAUUCCCAUGCAAAUUAACGAGGAAACUUCCUCGGCAUUGUGUCAGGCUGAGGAGCGGGACUGAUUUAUGGUUAAGAGAUGGCGUAAAAUCCCGGUACUCGUUAUGGGAAUGGUAACCACGUUCGUGACGCGAUCGUAAACUACGCAAUUUUAACGCCAUCCGUCGAUUAUUCCCACUUAGCACCGAUAUUUACGCCCUAACCGCAAAUCGAUUCGAUUGCAAACACAAAACCGUCUCUUCCGAUUCACAGGUUUAAGGUUUAAAGCUCAGAAUUUACCAUGAAAUGGAACGAUUAAAAAAAUGAUAGCGCUUAGAUGAAAGGAAAACCGAUAGACGAAAGAAAACAUACGUCUGACGAAAGCUUAGACGCUGAGAAAAUAGUCCAAAAAGGGGUCGAGUGAAUAGUUGUAAUGUCUGGGGUGUAACCCUAUUAUCGCUUCCCCCAGCCAAACAGUCUGUCUACAUACUAUAUUUAAUUUCAAGAGUAGAUGAAGUGUUAUUAGGUUACAAUCUGUCACUUUUUUUACAUCCCAAAAAAAUAUGUAUUGAUAUAUAUAUAGUCCACCAAACAAACAUUUAUAACCUACAAAACUUUCAUGUACUUUGAUUAAAUGAUUCAAAACAAAACACAAUGAGUCAAAAACAAGAACCGGAAAAUCAGUUUGAUGAUUUAUUGGAUGAUGAGAUGGAUGAGAUAAUGAAGAACUUAAAUGUUACAAACAUCAAAGAUGUUCAAGAUGAAACUUUAAAUACUGAAUCUUUAGAAGAAAUGAAUAAAGUUAAUCUUAAAAGCACAAAUCAUCCGUUUGUUUUCUUCGAAAUCGAUGAAAUUAAAAAUAUCACCACAACCAAUCUUCCAAAAACGCAACAAAUCAAAACUUGCGGUUUUUAUUAUCACCUUGGCGAAAAGAUUUAUUUACAUCAACAUCCUAACGCGGAAAAAACGCAAAUUUUUGAUGGAAUUGAAGUGAAUACAGACAUGAUUAGUGAAUUUCCAUUCGAAGGGAGAUUGUAUGAAAGUUUUGGGGGAUUAACAGUGAUGGGAGAAGAAGAUAACGACCCAAAAGUGAUGUUUGCCGUUUGGUUUUAUCGCUUAAGAACUGGAACAUACAACGACUUGGUAAAAAUAUGCAAAAAAAUUAGGGAAAUGUUUUGUAAAGACUUAAUAUAAUUU